UCUCACCUCAAAGUCAGUGUAGCUGUUUAAAGGGAAUUUAUUUCACAGAUCUUUUCCUUAAAAUCAGAGAGUGAAGAAUUACCUAAAGUGUCUAAAGUUUAGGUUUCAAUAAAAUCCUCCGCUGCCAUUCUGGUUUCUACCUGCAAACAAACACCACCUCCACUGUCACUCAUUCCGCCCCAUGUGUCAGGAGGAGGAGUCAGAGAGACCGCGGGGCUGCAGGAGGAGGAGGUGGAGCUAAUCGUCCACCGGUGUGAGUGACUGACUGACGGACUGAGCGUCUCCAAAGUUUGACCGGUCUCUCGUUAGUUCGCUUCUGCCGCACGUUUGGCUGUUGACCAAACAAACCAAGAACAGAACCGGACGGACCGUGCACCCGGUGACACCCGGAGGCGCACGGAGAGGAGUCCGGGUUCCAGGAGGAGAAAACCCGAGAGUUUUGAAUCUUUGAGGAGAAAGUACCGGUGUCUGUGCAGGAACCCGUGAAACAAAGAGUAAAUCUCCUACUGUAGCUCCACACUGACCGAGCCGCUGUCCUCCGUCCUGCAGAAGUCCAGCUGGAAGACCAGGGACUAAACCUCCGGGAUCUGCUUCCUUUUUCUUGGCUUGGAUCCACACUAUCAACACAUGAGUGGGAUUGACCGGACGCGCGGUUUCCAUACAGUAAAUCCUCUGGGAUUAAAAUAACGAGGGCGAUGGAUAAUUUCUUCACAGAGGGUGACCGGGUGUGGUUACGGGAGGAUGAGCAGUAUCUUCCCAGCACCGUGUCCUCUUGCUCUGGAGGUGUUGUUGUCUUUGCCACAGACUACGGCCAGGUGUACACCUACAAGCAGAAUGCACUCACCAGGCAGAAGGUGCAGCCCAUGCACCGCAGCAGCAUCACAGGGGUGGAGGACAUGGCGACGCUGGAGGACCUUCAUGACGGCGCCAUCAUGCACAACCUCUUCCUGCGCUACCGGCAGAGACACAUCUAUACCUACAUCGGCUCCAUCCUGGCGGCGGUGAACCCCUACCAGCCGCUCCCCGGCCUGUACGACCGGCCGGCUGUGGAGCUCUACAGCCGACACCACCUUGGUGAAAUCACCCCGCACAUCUUCGCCGUCGCCAACGAGUGUUACCGCUCGCUGUGGAAGAGGCAACAGAACCAGUGUGUCCUGAUCAGUGGAGAAAGUGGAGCAGGGAAAACAGAGAGCACCAAGUUAAUCCUGAAGUUCCUGUCGGCGAUGAGCCAGCACUCCCUGGAGGUAUCGUCCCGAGACAGGACGUCGCACGUGGAGGAGGCGCUGCUGGAGAGCAGUCCCAUCAUGGAGGCCUUUGGAAACGCCAAGACCGUCUACAACAACAACUCCAGCCGCUUUGGGAAGUUUGUCCAGCUGCAUUUCAGCCAGAAGGGCAACAUCCAGGGAGGCAGGAUCGUCGACUACCUCUUAGAAAAGAACCGUGUGGUCAGGCAGAACCCAGGGGAGAGAAACUACCACAUUUUCUACGCCUUAUUAGCAGGAACCAACAACCAGCAGAAAGAGGCAUGCGGGUUGACCCAACCUGAGAACUACCACUACCUGAGACAGUCCAAUUGCCUCGCCGACAAGACAAUCAACGACAAGGGCACUUUUCAGGAUGUUCUGAAUGCCAUGCGAACGAUGCAGUUCACAGAGGAGAACAUCGGAGACAUCCUGCGCCUCCUGGCUGGUGUCCUCCACGCGGGGAACAUCGAGUUCAUGACGGCCGGAGGAGCACAGAUCUCCUCCAAAUCAGCUCUCAGCCGGACGUCCGACCUCUUGGGGCUAAACUCGGACCAGCUGGCCGAGGUGUUGACCCACCGGUCCAUGAUCCUCAGGGGUGAGGAAAUCUCCACACCGCUGACUGUAGAACAGGCGGUGGACUCCAGAGACUCCAUGGCCAUGGCACUUUAUUCUCAAUGUUUCAACUGGAUCAUCCGUAAGCUGAACAACAGAAUCAGGGGCAAAGAGGACUUUAGAUCCAUCAGCAUCUUGGACAUCUUUGGAUUUGAGAACUUUGAGGUCAACCGCUUUGAGCAGUUCAACAUCAACUAUGCAAAUGAGAAGCUUCAGGAAUAUUUUAACAAGCACAUUUUCUCCCUGGAGCAACUUGAAUACAACAAGGAGGGCCUGAUCUGGGUCGACAUCAACUGGAUGGACAACGGAGAGUGUCUGGACCUGAUCGAGAAGAAACUGGGUCUCCUGGCACUGAUGAAUGAGGAGAGUCACUUCCCCAAAGCUACAGACGACACGUUACUGGAGAAGCUCCACAGCCAGCACUCAAAAAACCCUUUCUAUGUGAAACCACGUGUUGCUGUGCACUUCUUUGGAGUCAGGCACUAUGCAGGAGAGGUGGUGUACGACGUGAGGGGGAUGCUGGAGAAGAACAGAGACACGUUCAGGGACGACAUCCUCAACCUGCUGAGGGAGAGCAGGCUGGACUUUGUCUACGAUCUGUUUGAACACGUCCUGAGCAGAAACAAACAGGACACUCUGAAGAGCAGCUCCAAGCGCAGACGGCCCACAGUCAGCUCCCAGUUUAAGAACUCUUUGCACUCGCUGAUGGCCACACUCAGCACUUCUAACCCGUACUUUAUCAGAUGCAUCAAACCAAAUACACACAAGAUGCCUGACCAGUUCGAACAGACGGUGGUUCUGAACCAGCUCAGAUAUUCUGGCAUGUUGGAGACAGUCAAGAUUCGGCGCACCGGCUUCCCCGUCCGCAGACCUUUCCAAGACUUCUGCUCCAGGUACAAGGUGCUGAUGCGGGGUGCGAUGAUGCCGGAUGAUCCCAGGGGGCGCUGCAUCCAGCUGCUGCACCACUUCGACAGCAGCAGCACCGAGUGGCAGCUGGGCAAGACCAAGGUCUUUCUUCGGGAGUCUCUGGAGCACCGUCUGGAGAAGCAGAGGGAGGUGGAGGUGCUGAAAGCCGCCAUGAUCAUCCAGGCUCAUGUCAUGGGCUACGUGGCCAGGAAGCAGUACAGGAAGCUGCUGCAGUGCAUUGUGGUCAUUCAGAAGAACUACCGGGCUUUCUACUGGAGGAGGAAGUUCCUGCUCCUCCGCUGGGCAGCGCUCACCUUCCAGAAAUGCCUGCGAGGCCAGCUGGCCCGCCGGGCCUACAGCCAGCUGCUGGAGGAGAGGAGGAGGAGGGAGGAGGAGGAGGAGCGCCGCCGGAGGGCAGAGGAGGAGAUGGAGAGGGAGAGACGGAGGCUGGAGGCUGAGAGACACAUCAGAGAGGCUGAGGAGGCCAGAAGACUGGAGGAGCUGAGUCGUGCUGAGGAGUUGGCAGCUCUGGUUCUGGCUGAGUCUGAGCCUGCAGCAGCGGUUGUAACAUCAGCAGACACCCUGGAGGAGCUGGAGUCAGCAGAGGCCCUGGAGGAGGUGAAACCUCAUGAAGCUUCUCAAGUGGAGGAGAUCCUGCGACUGGAGCGGGAGAUCCAGGCACUGCAGAGGCAGAAGGAGCGUCAGGAACUCUCCCUGACUGAGGCCUCCCUCAACCGCCUGCAGCACCUCCGUGACCAGGAGCUCCGGCGGCUGGAGGACGAAGCCUGCAAGGCAGCGCAGCAGUUCCUCGACUCGCUGAACUUUGACGAGAUCGACGAGUGUGUGAGGAACAUUGAGAGCUCGUUAGGAGUCGGAGAAGGGGAUGAAAAGGAGAAAGACAGCAGACGGAGGAGAGGCAGUGACGAAGAGGAGGUCGACGAAGGGUUUGGGGCCGAUGACGAGGCCUUCAAAGAUUCUCCAAACCCGAGUGAACAUGGCCACUCAGACGGCCAGCGGACGAGUGGGAUCAGAACAAGCGAUGACUCGUCUGAAGAAGAUCCAUACGCCAACGACGGUGUAAUCCCACCGCUGCCGCCGACCACACUGCUUCACCAGCCGCUGCCUUUACCACCCGUGCCCCCGGCCUGCCACAGCGCCUCCUCCAGCGGGGACUCGGCCUACUGCCACCCCCAGGCUUCAUCUGAGGCUCAGUCUGAUGACCUGGUGGAGCUCAUACCUCCAGACGAGGAUUCAGACUACGACCAGGAUGACUAUGAUGAGGGCGCCAUCGUGUCCAGUGGCAGUGUGGCGUUCUCCAACCCCCGCAGUGGACAGUGGUCUCCUGACUACCGCGGCUCUGUAGGCACCUACAACAGCUCAGGGGCGUACCGCUUCAGCUCAGAGGGAGCCCAGUCAUCGUUUGAAGACAGUGAGGACGACUUCGACAGGUUCGACACCGAUGACGAGCUGUCGUAUCGACGGGACUCUGUCUACAGCUGCGUCACACUCCCGUACUUCCACAGCUUCCUCUACAUCAAAGGUGGUCUGAUGAACACAUGGAAGCGUCGCUGGUGCGUUCUCAAGGACGAGACCUUCUUGUGGUUUCGGGCCAAGCAGGAGGCUCUGAAGCAGGGCUGGCUGCACAAGAAGGGAGGGGGCUCGUCCACGCUGUCCCGCCGAAACUGGAAACGCCGCUGGUUCGUGCUGCGGCAGAGCAAGCUCAUGUACUUCGAGAAUGACAGCGAGGACAAGAUGAAGGGGGUGCUGGACAUGCACAGUGCCAAAGAAAUCAUCGAUAACACCGGUAAGGAGAAUGGAAUCGACAUUGUGAUGCCAGAGAGGACCUACCACCUGAUCGCAGAGUCUGCCGAGGACGCCAGCCAGUGGUUCAGCGUGCUGAGUCAGGUCCACAGCUCCACGGAGCAGGAGAUCAGAGAGAUGCAUGAUGAGCAGGCCAACCCCCAGAAUGCUGUGGGAACGUUGGAUGUGGGGAUGAUCGAUUCAGUUUGUGCAUCAGAUAAUCCAGAGAGGCCAAACUCCUUUGUCAUGAUCACAGCAAACCGCGUGCUGCACUGCAACGCAGACACACCCGAGGAGAUGCACCACUGGAUCACACUGCUACAGCGCUCCAAGGGAGACACCCGUGUUGAUGGACAGGAAUUCAUCAUCCGAGGCUGGUUACACAAAGAGAUGAAGAACAGUACAAAAGCCUCGCUGAAACUGAAAAAGCGCUGGUUCCUGCUCACCCACAAUUCCCUGGACUACUAUAAGAGCUCAGAACGAAAUGCCCUGAAGCUGGGAACACUGGUGCUGAAUAGCCUCUGCUCAGUGGUUCAGCCGGACGAGAAGGUCUUCAAGGAGACUGGCUACUGGAAUGUGAUUGUGUAUGGCCGUAAACAUUCCUACCGUCUUUACUGUAAGUUGCUGAAUGAGGCCACACGUUGGGCCAACUCCAUCCAGAACGUCAUCGACACCAAAGCUCCAAUCGACACGCCGACCCAGCAGCUCAUCCAGGACAUUAAGGAGAACUGUCUGAACUCAGAGGUUGUGGAGCAGAUCUACAAGAGGAACCCCAUCCUUCGCUUCAGCCACCACCCGCUGCACUCACCUCUGCUGCCGCUGCCCUACGGAGACAUCCACGUCACCUCCUCACGACACAGAAGCUAUACGACGCUCCAGGAGGAAGCUCUCAAGGUGUUCAGCUCUCUGCAGCACUUGGAGGGCGUGGCUGACCCGGUGCCCAUCAUCCAGGGCAUUCUGCAGACCGGUCAAGAGCUCAAACCACUGCGGGAUGAGCUCUACUGUCAGCUGAUCAAGCAGACGACACGACCGCCGCAGCCAGGAAGCCCUGGGAACCUCUGCAGCUGGAAGAUCCUGGCCUGCAUGACCUGCACCUUCGUCCCGACCAGGAGCAUCCUCAGAUACCUCAAGUUCCACCUGAAGAGGACUCGAGAGCUCUUCCCUGGCUCGGAGAUGGAUCGUUACGCUGCCUUCGCCUUAGACUCCUUGAGAAAGACUCGAGCCAGGGAGAACGUCCCAUCACAGGAGGAGAUCCGCUCCAUCGUGGCGCGACAGGACAUGAGCACCACCGUCCACUGCCACGGAGGAGGCUCCUGCAAGAUCACCAUCAAUUCGCACACAACAGCUGGAGAGGUGGUGGAGAAGCUGAUCCGAGGUCUGGCCAUGGAGGACAGCAGGAACAUGUUUGCUCUGUUUGAACACAACGACACCACAGAGAAAGCCAUCGAGAGCCGCACAGUGGUGGCCGACGUGCUCGCCAAGUUUGAAAAACUCUCAGCGAGUCCAGAUGAACAAAACACCGGGUGGAAGUUUUACUUUAAGCUCUACUGCUUCCUGGAUACAGACAAUGUUCCCAAAGACAGCGUGGAGUUUGCCUUCAUGUUUGAACAGGCGCAUGAAGCUGUCAUUCGUGGUCAGUAUCCAGCGCCUGAGGAGACUCUUCAGUUCCUGGCAGCUCUGAGACUUCAGUACCUCCUUGGCGAUCACAGCUCCCAGACCAACGUCCCAGAAAUGUCCCAGGUGUUCCCCAUGGCUCGAUUACGGGCCCGGGUGCAGAACUCGGCCAAAACGUUCACUCCGGGCACUGGCUCGGUGGCAGACCGCUCGGGGACGUCGGAGAGGAAACGCUCGAGCUUCCUGGAGGGAACGCUGAGGCGGAGCUUCAGGAGUGGCUCACUGAGUCGGCAGAAGCUGGAGGAGGAGAACAGCCUAGAAGCCUGGAUGAGAGAGGAGGCAGCAGCAGUGAGAACCAGUGUGAUGGACAAGUGGAAGAAGCUGCAGGGGAUGAACCAGGAACAGGCCAUGGUCAAAUACAUGACGCUGGUGAAAGAGUGGCAGGGAUACGGAUCCACACUGUUCAAUGUGGAGUGUCGGGAUGGAUCGUUCCCCUUCGAGCUGUGGCUAGGUGUGAGCCGAGAGGCCAUAUCAGUGUACAAACGAGGGGAGCCGUGGCCUCUGGAGGUUUUCCCUUAUGAACAGAUUCUCUCUUUUGGAGCCCCACUGCCCAAUGCCUACAAGAUCGCUGUGGAGGGCCGAGAGUUAGUCUUCGAAACCCAAAUGGUCAUGGACAUCGCCAAGCUGAUGAAGGCCUACAUCAGCAUGAUCGUCAAGAAGCGCUACAGCAACUGUCAGUCCGUUAGCAGCCACGGCAGCCAGUGCAGCGCCUGGUGAAGUCUGCCUGUUAACAUCCGACCCUCUGACCUCAUGGCGGAGGAGGAGUGUGGACGCCCGUCCUCAGCGCUGUGGACCGAGCAGCUCAUACAUUUGACUCUGUGAAUGAGACAAACCGCAAUGCUCUUAAUGUUCACUCCAAUACAUUACACAUCCACACCUGACAGCUCAGAAUGCAGUUAGCAGUCAUUUCAAACUGGAGGCCUGUUUUGUCGUCGAAACUUUGGAGCCAACAACGAUUUGCUCUGCUGAAGUGUCCUCGAGUACUAGCCACUAAACCCUUUACCAAAAAGACAAUUUCCCCACUGUGAUCAAUAAGGAAUAUAUCUCCAUCUAACUCUCUAAGAAAGAAACCCAGGAAGAGGAUGACCCCAGGAAAACUUGUACAUCUCUUUGUUUUAAAGUUUCAGUUAAGUUAAAACAUGGUGGCCUUUGUUGGCAGUAAAACAGUGAAAACAAACCACUGGAGUCUUUCUCUGUCAUUGGGCAGCCUGAACCUACAAUGUCUGGUAGUAAUGAACUGGAAAAUGUUUUGAUAAAUUGUUUCCUUGAAGUGGUCAUUUGUGGCCUCAGUAUCCCUAUGUCAUUCACUCAAUUUAGUAAUUAAAUACAUUUAAGGGAUGGUCUAAGUUAACAAACUCCAGGCCAAAAUUAAAAGACUGGAUUAAAUUUAAGCCCACAGUAACAAGAACAGAUGGACUGAAGGCUGUUGAGUUAUUCAAGAGUACGAAUGAGUAAAGUACAAUGACAGGAACAAGUCAUCCAGACCUUUCCUCCUGCCACUUAAAUACAAAAAGGCAACAAAUUCAACUUUUCCACUGUUUUUCAGACCAAAGAAAAUCGGCUGAAGGUUUAAUACAACCUUUUUUCUCAUCAGUUCUCAUUUCCUCUUAAAAAGUGGUUGUGUCUUGUUUUGGAAUAAGUUCAUUUCUUUCUGAUGCUGAGGUGCUGUAUCAAUACGAGACCUGUUGUUGCAGGAUCGGGGUGAUUGUUACUGAGGUUUCUGUUUGUGUGGCUGCAUAUGUGCAUAUGUGUAUAUGUGUGUGUGUGUGUGUGUGUGUGUGUGUCUACAGGCUGUCCGAAUGUUUAAAAAAAGCAGAGAUGGAGAAAAGAAACUAAAGCCUUCACGCCUUUUCCUCUGCUUUGACAAACUCUGGGACUGGACGGUCUAUAUUUACUUUGUCCAGGAUGAUCUGUUCACUGUAAAUAAUAUGCAGCUGUACUAGACUCAAACAUUUCAAGUUUGUGAUCGUUUGUUUUGAUUGAUUUGCUGAAGGUCACACAAGUGCCUGUUCAAACUAAAGCAGGACGAACUCUAAUCAGAUUUUGUCUCAUCGAUGCCACUCUUGUUCCUGUGUAGCCAGAAUCUGAAAGGUGCUCCCACGUUCCCUUUAACUACCAAUGUACUUGCACACUGCAGAAUCUGUCCAACUACGCACAUCAUUCAACGAAAUCCUGUUUUUUCUUUUGAGAAGCAUGAACUGAAUCCAGAGGUGAUCAGCUAAAACACACAUUUCCCAAAGGGGAAGAACACUAAGACCUACAAUCAGAUCUUGUAUCACUACAACAUGCAUGUGCAAACAGAAACUUCCUAAGCAAAACUGAAUUUAGCCAGAUUUUAAGUCACUGUUGUGUAGAAUUUGAAAAUGUUAAACUUUUAAGAGUCCUUUGCAUCGGUGUCUGACCCCUGUCAACCUCUGCUGGCAACAAGUGGGAACUGCAGCUACACACCCUUUAAACUACAGUGGCUGUAGAGUAACAUGGGAAAAGAAAAUACCUGAUUGCUGAAGACACAUUUUCAGCAGAUGGCCACCAAUCCAGGUAUUUUCCCUCUUUUCCUGUGUUAAUGUUUCCUCUGUGCGCCUGUAAAACACCAGCAAAUAUGACAAAACAGACAUAAAUCAUCAUUUUCAUUGAGGUCUUAAUAUCUAUUACAAUGACUGUGUACAUUAAAACAUUGCGUAAUGCCCUUUAAAGCAACUCAAACUGCAAUCAUUUCAACAUGAUCAGAGUUAACAGGUGGAUUCUGGUGCAGUCAUUCAGGUGUUAGUUUGAAUGGUGUGUGCAGUUGGACGGUUUGCAGUGUAACAUUCCUACAACAUUUCAGUGGAGCUCCGCGGGCGGCAGAUCCAUCCAAAGACAUGUGUGCAGGUUUCUUCCUCAGUGCCUUGUUGUAUAUUGUGUACACUUACUUUUUUUUCCAUGUGUGGUUUCCUUUUUUGGUAUAAUGUGCAAUGUUAUAUAUAUAUUAUAUAAUCAUGUGGCUGUACAUUUUAUACUGUAAGUCUUUGCCCUCGGUUGUUUUUCCUGAAUGGCGACCACAUGGUGAUUUUCUCAUGAUAAAGAUCUUGUAUUUUUUUCUUUGCAACCAUUCAGCUGACAGUGGAUCUUACACACAAUACUACUAUUUUGUUUUGAUCUGUAUUAGUUGUGUUGUGUAUUGAAAGCAAUGACUGUAUAAUUGAAAGGAUGAUUCAAUAAAUGGUUACAGAUUUGGUCUGACAGUGCAUCUGCUUAUAUUAUUUUAAACUAGCUUAACAGACUGCAGCAGUAGUUUUGUGUAUUUGAUCUCGGGACAGUGAACUCAGCAGAGUCUUGACAAUCACAUUAAACUUACUAAAAACCUUAGACUUACCUGAUAAUGUGAGUCAUGUUCAUAGUCCCAGCCAUCCAGGUGUUGUGAUGACAGUGGAGUCAAUCUGGGAGAAGAAUGUCAGAAAUAUGAUAAAUCCAUAAGCGUCUGUCCAUCAUUCUGACAGUCUGUCCUACAAUUUUCUCCACAGCUGUGGGUUCAUGUGUUGUAUUUAUAGCUCAUCACAGUCUGUGGUUUCACCUGAACACAUCAAACAUUGCUUUUCUACAUGUUACUAAAUGUGAAGAAAAAAAUCAACGUCAACAUGUGAACGCAAAGAUCAAAGCCACAAUGACGUCAUCAGUGACAUCACAGUCUGUGUUUGACUAAAUGAACCAGAUCAAAGCCAUAAUGAUGGCCCUUAAACUGUGACGUCACUGAUGACGUCACAGAAUGCCGCUAAGGAAGUUUGCAAAUAGAACCCAUUUCUCCCAGCAGGUUACUUUUUUGUAACAAUGCCACGCAGACGCAGACAGGCUUCUCGCCCCGUUCGAAGGCGCCGGAGAGUCCGUAGAUCCUCCGCCGUCCGCAGACGCAGGAGAGUUGUCCGACGCAGACGCUAGGCAAUCUCAGUAAACAUGUAGUCCAAGCAUAUAACAGCAGUCCACAUAAUCAUUCUAUAAACAUAAAGUCACGAUGUCAUAAAUGACAUCAGUCCUUUCUGACAUCAUCUAAAGGUGACAUGGUUAUAUCACAAUAAUGAUGCCUUAAUGACAUCUGAAUUCUUUGUGACAUCAUCACAAUUGUGACAUUAAUGAUGUAUUUAUGACAUCAGAGGUCUUUGUGAUAUGAUCAAAUAGUAACUUGCUUCACAAUGAUAAUGUCUUUAUGAAAUUUGUGACGUCAUCAAAAGAUGACACAUUAUCAUGGUAACAGCAAGUUCUAUAUAGAAGGCUAGAGUUCCAUUUAAAGUCAUAAAUAAAGAAAGCAACACAGUCAGCUGGGUAGGGUCUGUCUCUCAGAUCCUCUCAACAACCCCUCACCCAGUCGACACCAUUCAGCAAUACACUCACCAACCCUGAAGUCUGUCAGAUGAGCAGUUAGCUCAAAUCCUGCCUAACCUUCACUGCCACAGACAAAAUGCUUGUGUUUGUUGGCUUGUCUGUUUCAGAAAGUUACAGAAACUGGUCUGACUCAGCUGCUUGUCACAAUUCUUGUGUAACAAAAAACUGGUGACAUCAUAGGGCUCCAUGACAUCACAAUGGUGUCAUGGAUUGUGUCACAGCACUCUGACAUGGAGAGUUGCACUGUGAGAUCAUAAAGGAUGACAACAUCACAUGGACUGUGACAUCACCAGUAACAUCAUGUGAAAUAACAUAUGACAAUGUUGCAUGAUGUAAAGCUCAGAAAUCUUAAUUUACUGUUCAUUAUUUAGAGUCAGUUGUAUAGGGAGUACUGAGUGCCUCUGUUUACCUGAUAGUGUCACUGUUGUUCAUGGUUCCAUCCAUGCAGCUGUUUUCAGUUGAUCUGAUGGCAGCAGACUCAGUCUGGGAAAAGAAUGUCAGAUUAUCAGUAUUAGUGCAGUGCUUGAACUUGGAUGAUGUAACUAGUGACAUCAUCUAUCUGAUGAUGUCAUCAGCCUGUCUGUCCUAUAAUUUUCUCAACAACUGGGGAUUCAUGUGUUGUAUUUAUAGCUCAUCACAGUCUGUGGUUGCUUUCUAUCUAACUACGUGAAGAAAAAAUGAACGCAAUGAUGUCACCGAUGACCAUUUUGUGAUGUCAUCUGGGACAUCACAAAAUGAUGAAAGUCAGAUGAAAGCCAAAAUGAUGUCACAUUGUGACAUCAUCAGUGACAUCACAAAAUGAACCAGAUCAAAGCUAUAAUGAUCACAUAAACUGUGACAUCAUCAGUGAUGUCACAGAAUGCCGCUAAGGAAGUUUGCAAAUAGAACCCAUUUCUCCCAGCAGGUUACUUUUCUGUGACAAUGCCACGCAGACGCAGACAGGCUUCUCGCCCCGUUCGAAGGCGCCGGAGAGUCCGUAGAUCCUCCGCCGUCCGCAGACGCAGGAGAGUUGUCCGACGCAGACGCUAGGCAAUCUCAGUAAACAUGUAGUCCAAGCAUAUAA